CAGACAGAUCUUGCCCAUCAGUACUUGUGUGGAAACUGCGACAAGAUGGGCGGGGAGGCCUGCCCUGGGGAGGCGGGGCGGUGUGUGACGUCAUCGCCACGGGGCGGAGGCGACGGUGUCUGAAGAGACUCGGCGCGUGGUGCCAACGCUGGCCUCCCGGCUUGGAAGCUGCUAGAAGACCAGACGCUGUCCGCUUUCCCUUGGUGGUCCACCCACACCUAGUCCCGCCUGGAGAUGGCAGACGAUCUUGGAGACGAGUGGUGGGAGAACCAGCCUGCAGGAGCAGCCAGCAGCCCAGGUGCUCUGACAAAUUCCCAAUGGCAAGUUGUGAUCUUUCUGCACAACACAUUUCUCUUGGGCUCAAGAUAAAGAGGAAGCCUGGGGUAGUGGCACACAGUCUGCACAGUCUAGCCCUAACCUACUCAUCCUCGACAGAGGCAUCAGAUGGUGAAGGAAGAGGAGACACAGAAAUGAUGCAGCAGGAGACAGCUCCAGUUCCUGCCCUGUCAAAGAAAACCAAACAGCCUAAAGAAUGUUUCUUAGUACAACCAAAGGAAACAAAAGAAGAUGCCACCAAGACAAGGAAGAGAAGAAAGAAGAAGAUUACUGAUGUUCUUGCAAAAUCAGAGCCAAAACCAGGGACUCCUGAAGACCUACAGAAGCUGAUGAAGGACUAUUACAGCAGCAAUCGCUCAGUGAUUGAGUUAGAGGAACUAAACCUACCAGACUCCUGUUUCCUCAAGGCCAAUGAUUUGACUCAUAGUCUUUCAUCAUACCUAAAAGAAAUCUGCCCUAAGUGGGUAAAACUUCGGAAAAAUCAUAAUGAGAAGAAAUCGGUCCUGAUGUUGAUCAUCUGCAGCUCUGCCCUCCGGGCCCUGGAGCUUAUUAGGUCGAUGACAGCAUUCAGAGGAGACAGCAAAGUUAUGAAAUUAUUUGCAAAACACAUAAAGGUCCAGGAGCAGGUAAAGUUGCUGGAGAAGCGUGUUGUGCACCUGGGUGUAGGAACUCCAGGAAGGAUUAAAGAACUCAUUAAACAAGGUGGCCUUAAUUUGAACCCCUUAAAAUUUCUGGUUUUUGACUGGAACUGGAGAGAUCAGAAGUUGAGGAGGAUGAUGGACAUUCCCGAGAUAAGAAAGGAGGUGUUUGAACUUCUGGAAAUGGGAGUCCUCAGUCUGUGCAAGUCAGAAUCUUUGAAGCUGGGCCUUUUCUAAGUCUGGGUCCUAUGAAAAUUCCAGUUUUUAUGGGAUUUGCAUCUCGUUUAAUAGCUCUGGAAUAUUGCAAGCACUCAGUAAAUAUCAGCUAUUGUUUUAUUAUGUUAACUGCAUCACCAGAUGAAUCACUAGAAAUUUUUGAUGGAGAUUCUUUGACAAAACUGAAGCUGUCCUUUGCCAACCUCUCUGUAUAAUAAAGUAUCACCAGCUUG